GAGCAAUAAUUGCAAUGUUAAUAAAUUUUUACUGAUUAGUUAGAAUUUGUGUAUGGAGUACGCGACAACUGUUAUGACAAUGUUUAUGAUAAAUUGGGGGUGGGAAUUACGAGGAACAAUGUCAUCAGAUUCAAUCGAUAAUACACAAUACCUGGAAGGGGUAGUUGGAAGAGGGCGAAGUGGGUGUUAGUGUGUUUGUGCCAUUUGUGGUAUGGGGUGCACGCUUACACGAGUGCAUAAAGAGGAUAGGAUUAUAUCCUGCGGGUAAAUUUCUUCAUGAAUCCAAUUGCAAUUACUAUUUUAAAAUGUUAGUAUCCUCGAUAGCUUUAUAAUUAAUCGUAUAAAGAAGCUGGAUUUUUUGGGAGGACAUUAAAAUGUAAAGUUAUGCCGAAAAAAAGUAGCAGACAUGUCAAGGAUUCAGGGACAACGAGGGGACAACAUAUUGAUGAUAAGGAUUGUAAUGACAGUGUCAUUAAGCAUACACAGACUGUACGUAUUGGAGUUAAAAGUGCUAAAAGAUGGUUCUCGUUGAAAAAACGAAUGGGAUUUGCCAGUGAUGAUGAUUUGGUGGUGCAUCUGCUCGAUCUUGCCGAGACUAUCAGAAAAGAUGAAAAAUCUCCGGAGAAAAAGGGAGAGACGAAUGGUAAUGCUGAGGAAAAGGAAAAAGAUAAGAAUGUAAUAGAAGUAGAGCCUCACGAGCCACUUCGUAGAAGUUCGAGGAAACAGAAUCAAGAAUCUCAAAAGGACGAGAUUUCUCAGAAAAAUUCGAUAGACAAGGGUUCAGUGGAACCGACUGGAGGGAUGGAGGAGCAGCAUGCAAAGCACAAAGCAAAAAUAAAACACCACCGGAACAAAACAAAACACCACAAGGAAAAACGCAAGAAGCGAAAGCACACGAAGAGUUCAGAGUCUGAAAAAUCUCUGACGGUUGAUAACGAUAAUAUAGAAGAGCGUAUAAAAUCUAAAGACAGUACAAGUCAGCCUGACAAUGAAACUAAUCUGAAUAAAUCUGUGGAGAUCCAUGAAUCUAGAGAUGAAUCUGUCAUCCAAAAGACUGAGACUAUACAUAACGUAGUAUUAAUCAGCAAUGUAAAUAGCAAAGAAAAUAUUAGUCAAAAUUCGCAGAUUAACGACAAUUCAAUCGACAAAAAUGCAAGUAUUCAGGAUGAUAGAAAUUUAAUAAUUAGUACCUCAGCAAAGUGUUCAGUCCUCAGACACUCAACAGAGCCCAACAUUCCCCAGGAAUUUGAGGAAAAAAAUGAUAAAUUCCCGACAACGCAGGAGCAGCAGGAACUGCCCUCGACUCAAAAAAGUAUAAGAUCACCCGAGCAAUUGUCAGAGCCUCAAGGGAAACCCGACUCUGACGAUAAGAAAAAGAAAAAACGAAAGCAUCUCAAGCCUGAAACAGAUUCAUUGCAAAAUGACUCAAAUACUGAAACGAACGAUGAGCUUGGUCACAAGCACCGUAAAAAGAAGCACAAAAAUACCGAGCACAAAGUAAAGAAGAAUCACGACGUCAGAAAAGCUCCUCAAGACGGAAUGAUUCCCGUGGAGCCUCGAGAGAUGAAGCCUGACGAGCCAUCUCCCUCAGUUGGACCCCUCCCCCCAGCAGAUUUUGACAGUGAAGCAAGUGCAGAUCACCAGAGACUCGCGAUAAAAAUAAAACUCUGCCAGGAUUGCAAUAGUCGUCAUAUCCAGGACGCCUGUCCUUUACUCUCAGCGGUCUACGAAAUCCCAGACUCAAUAUCACCCCAUGACUGGAUAAACAUGCACAAGCACAACCCUGAUGUAACGAAAGCUCUCGCCUCCGACAAUCCAAUGUCCGAGGGUUAUGGAAAACCCACGGAUGACGGAUUCGAGUCCGACGAAGACUCAGAUCUGUACAAAUCAAAAUCAAAAGCCCACAGCGAGGAGAGACGUCUUCAAGUCGACGAAGGGCGACCACUUUACUCUAGGGAUUCUCUACCAGACUGUCUAGUGCUCAAAAUGUCAAACAAUGACCACGGUCUUGGCAUUUUCGCCGAUAAUCCAGUGCCAAUGUACGCUAAAUUGGGGCCAUUAAUCGGAGAACCGGUAAAGGAAAUGGAUAUUCCUGAUGAUUUCCCUAUGCGUCAUAUCUGGGAGGUGGAGGUGGACGGAAAAACAUCAUACAUAAGUACCACUAAUCCCCUAAAGAGCAAUUGGUUACGAUACAUGCGACCCGCUGAGACGAAAGACGAGAGAAGUGUCGUGGUAAUAAUUGAGAACGGUAAACUUUACUUUGUUACAACACAAAAUAUAACACCAGGCAGUGAAUUAACAUACUGGGCAGAUUCUCAGUCUUCUGCAUGGACACGAAAGAACAAAACAGAUAAAACAAACUGCGGCGGUUGUAAUCUCAAUUUUACCCAUCAAAUUUACUAUCGUUUACACUGCUGCAUAUUCCACGAUGCUAAUUACAGUUUAACCAUUCGUAAAUAUCAUUGCAAAGUGUGUGGUGCUGCUGUAUUGGGAAAAGAUAAUAUCAUGAAACAUGCGGCUGAACUUCACGCUGGUCGUGGAGCUUAUCAGUGCCAGUACUGCAGAAAAUUUUUCUUACGAUUGAAUUAUCUCGAGAUGCAUCGCACCUAUGGGUGUUCGCAAAAUCCACAGAGAACUAGGCCACUGUGUGACUUUUGUGGACGUAAAUUUUGCCAGCCGCAAAAAUUAAAAGUACAUAUUAAGAGAAUGCACAGUGAUAUGUCCGAGGUGUUGAGGGAGUUUCAGUGUAAAUUGUGUUUGAAGUUGUUGGGAUCGAGGGCUGCAUUGCAACGGCACAUGAAGGAAGUUCAUCAUAAGGAUGUUGUCGGGGCAGCCACUUGUGAUCGUUGCGGAAAAAUGUUUCAGAAUAAGAGUAAUCUAAAAAUUCAUAUGCUGACACACAGUGGUGUUAAACCUUUCAAGUGUAAGGAAAAUGGUUGUAAAGCUGCAUUCACCACUAAACAAUGUCUCCAAUUUCACUAUAAGAAAGUGCACGGAUUAACUGAAGAGAUGAUGCCAAAAAUAGAGAGAUCAGUGGCAUACACGUUCGAUGCAUACAGUGGAGGUCCCUUGGAAGAGACUUCCCAAGACACAAACCCGAGAACAAAUCGCCGAAAUUCCCAGGAGAAUAACAGUAGUUUAUUGUCGACCGACGACGUAUCCUCUGAGAACAGUAUGAAAACCGAGACAUCCGUGCCAUGUCCUCCCCUUCACCCAGAAAUGGAGCCCGAUAGCUCAAUAAACCGACCAACUCAUCAGGAUCUGCUGAUAUCGUCACCGAGACACGAAGUUAUUUUAUCAUCUCGUCAGGAUAUGGAUACAUACGGUACCUCAAGGCUGCAGAGUAAGGGAAGUAAAAAAUGGAUGGGUGAAUUCAAUCCGCCCCCCACGAGCAAACUCCCAGAGCAUUCUCAUCCAGUUUCAGUGACCCCAACCGAUCCCUACGAAUUCGAAGAUCUCCCAAAGAAAGAGGAGGAGGAACGUUCAACACCUAUUCCAAUGACAUCAACCCUCAUGGAUGAGAACAAACUUGGUCUGAGUGUCUACCGACGAACAGAGAGUACAAACGCAAGUCUUCUGGUCGAGGCUGCUCUCGAUGCAGCAGAGAGAGACAUCGGUGCUGUCUCAAGUCCAAUACUUGAGGACAACGAUCGAGAUGGCAAUCUCUACUCAAUGCCCAAUCAUCUGCACUCUCCUCUCCCCUCGCGAUCCCCAGAGAGUCAUCUGGAAUCGUACAUGCAGCAGCAGGAGGAUCUCAUGUCCCCGACACCGACCCCAGACGGUCGAAACACACCUCCCACUCACGUAAGCUCCGAUUACCACCUCCAUCGAUCAGUGGACUACAUAAAUACCACGAGAAACCACAAUAUCGAUCAGUAUCUCCACCACGAAGACCUCCCUCGAGGCACUUCACCCAAUAACUACAUCCACAUGUCUCAGACUGAUCUUGUGUCUCCAUCAGCCACUCCCAAUCGUUAUCAAGAGGUCCAUCAUCAUCAUCAGGUACCCGCAGAGAACCUCUCGAGUGACGAGGGCGACUCUGUUGCCCAGAAUCUCAGUAUUUCAGUCAAAGAGAAAGCACUCCAGUUGGACUUGCCCACUUCUUAUAAAUACGACCCUCUUGAUUUUGAAUUCGGUAAUAGAGAGAGAAAUUUCGAGCCACUAGUGUUGAAUAAUGGAGAGCUCCAGGGGCUCGAUAUGAGUGCCCGGGGAUUUCACACAUUUGGAUCACAAAUGCAAAACAGCAGAUAUCAUCAUCAUCAUCAUCUCUACGAUAUUGGGGAGCGUCAGAGUGUCGAUUUAAGUAGAACUGGGAGUUACUCAAUAUCACCACCACCACCUCCAUAUCCGCACAGUGAUGUUCUCAGGGUGGUUAGUCUCGAUCUCACACCUGGGGGGAGGCAUUCCGUUGAUUUGAGCCUUUCUAGGGGUCAUCAUAUUCAUGGUAAUACUUCCCGAGUACUUACUAGUCCACAACCAAGUUCAACAACACCCCACGUUGUUCCUGAGGCCAUUGAGGGACGAAUGCUCUCUCCACCACCACCUCCACUGCCUGCUUACAAUCCGGCUUAUCCAGUCAGUCCUGCGCCUUAUCAUCCACCAAGGCCUGGGUAUUAUCAUCAUUCGGGGUACUAUUGAAUCACAUUUUGUAGGCAAUCGGGAGUCGACUGGUGGGAGACUAUAUAUAUUAAUUGUCUGUUUCUUUUUUUACAUAAAUUUCUGUAGGGUUGUACUACAGAAUAAUUUUCCCAGCAAUUUUUCAAAAGGUUGUUUAUUAAACAAUCUCUAAGAAUUCUCUUUAUGUAUUACUUUAUUGGUGCAAGUUUAUCACUUGUCUCUCACGUUUUCUUAUCUAUAUGUUUUUUAGAUUUUUUUAGUAAUUACGAAGCACAAGCCCAUGUGUGAUACUUUUUUAUACGGAUUAUAUCUAUGUUAAUUAUCGCUUGUUUCAUACAUCCAUUUCCUCUGCUGCUUUUAUAUCACUUCGUUUAGCGAAUAUGUACAAUCAUUGUUGAUUAAAAAAUUGUUACUCUGAGUUUAGCUUGCAUGCUUCUAUAGCAAAAUUCAGAAACUUAUUCAAUUCUCAUUGAAUUUUUCAGAAUGCCUGAUAAGUGAUAGGGGAAGGUGGGGCAAAAUGCAUUGUCGAAUUAUUUUAUUGUUUAUUGGAUAACUUGAGUAUUAUGAUAAACUUUUUUAAACAUAUUCAUAUGAAAAUGCAAAAAAAAUUGCUCAAGAUACUUUCAAGUAAAAAAUUAAUAGAUGACUGAUUAUUGCCUUUUGUUGAGUGAUUUUUUGUUGCUCUUUCUCUUCAAUUUUAUUUCACGAAAAAAAUUUUUAAUCACCUAUCAGCUUUGCCGCACCCUCUUCUGAAUCAAAUUAAAAAGGUCAACGGUAAUUCUAGUCAUUUUACAUUCACGAGUAAGACGGAGUUUAAUUGUGAAUCCGGAGGAACUUUCUGUCGAAUUGUAGAGUGAGGAGCGAGUACAUGAAUUAAUUAGUAAUCAUUAAUUAUUAUUGUAUAUAUUUCCUCAAUUCAAAUUUCGGUAGAGUAAUACUGUAUAGAUUUCUCCGUUAAAUGUAUGUACAGUAGACUCCCGUUAGUCGUGUGUUUUUUUUUUUCGUGGCAAAAUUCAAAAAUACGCGAGAAAUUUACAUUUCCGCUUUAUUUCGCCUGGAAUUUCAUCCCUCACCAGAAGAAACAAUGGAUUGUUUACAUCUUGAAGUCUGGAGGUGGUAGCCGAAGAAACCAAAAGAUACGCGAAAAAGAAAUAGAGGAAAGGUGCGAUUAUAACGGGACUCUACUGUAGCUGCAAUAAUUCGUGUAAGAAUAGUGUAGAUUUGUCUCUGUUGUGAACACAUGACGAAUUGGAAAAAAAUACCAAAGAUGGAAAUGCUAAUAACUCUUGUGCCAAAUUGUAUAGGGCGUAAAUGUAUUCAAUUUUACUUUAAUAACAACAAAUGUCGUACUGGAUACAAUUUUUCCAUUACAAAUUUUAGCUCGCCAGGUUAAUGCAUAAUUUUUACACAAAUUUAAAAACUAUUUUUUUAUUUUGAAGGGGUAAUCUUAUAUGUACAUAAAUGAUGGCAAAUAUGUCAAAACACAAAAGUGGAAGAUUUUAUUGUAAAGAAUUUCUAAUCAUCUUCUGCAAGCAUUUUUUUGAUUAAUGAUUUGUAGAUUAAUGAUUCGUCGAUUCAUAGAAUAGUCGGAGUUACUGAAUAAAUAAUACAACUUAGGAUCAAUUUUACAAGAGAAAAAUAGUCGUUCACUUAUAACUAUGCAAGAUCUCUGUCUUCUUAUCGAAGGUUUCACUUCGUUCUACGUGGGAUUAUUGCAAAGCAGAAGAAUAAUGAAACAUGCAAUAUACAAAACUUUUAGUAAUUGUAGUAAUGAAGAUUUAUUUAAAUACGUUAUCUGAUCAUUGUAAAUCGGGCACAUGAUGGCAUCAAGGAAAGUGAUAUAAAAAUGUAUUUCUAGAUAAAACAAAAACCUCGAAAAUUAAUGCUAAAAUUGUCGAUAUUUUUCGAAUACAAAACGAAUUAUGGCCCACAAUAUAUUUGUAUCAGGUUCAUUAAUUUUUAAGACUUAAGGAGUAUUAAAAGAC